AUGAAGUUAUCUAAUGUCGGCAAGGACUUAGUGGUAUCAUAUGUCACUUUUGACGGCAUGGUGAAUGCCUUAAUGAUACUAAACCAGCUGAUGAAUGGAGCGAUGGCUAAUUUCUCAAAUCCAACAAUGAACACACGUAUGGGUGCAAGGAGAAGCUUAACCUUUUUCCAUCGUCACUUCUGGAUCACUGUCCUGAUUUUCCUCAUGGCACUAAUGAAGAGGCAAAUUAAGCUUCCAGGAAAAGAAGACUUACACUUUAUUCUUAUUGCUGGGACAUUGAAUGUGUUCCUAAAUAUGCAGUUGAAUUCAAAGAACUUUGGUACUUUCACAGUGCCAUUUACAGUUUUGUUUCAACCAAUGUUCCCUGUAUUUGUGCUGAUUGGGCUCAUUGCUCUUAGGCUUGAUAAAUGGACUCCCAGGAAAAUUAUUGGCUGCAUUUUAUGAGUCACAGCUGUUCUCUUCUAUGUGACAAUUUAUAACAUAAACGAUGAAAAUAGGUUCUUUAAGAACUUCUUUAUGCCGAUACACAUGCUCCUGCCAGCAUGUGGUGGUAUCUCAUUAAGAUUCACAGUUCUCAAGAAGAACUUAGGAAUAUUCAAUAUUGCCUUCUGGGCUUCCUUUUUCGCAACAAUACUUGCUUUCUUCUACUACUCGAUGCACUAUUGGGUGGAUCCCCGUCCUCCGUUCUUCAGCCCAAGCUACCAGCUUGGGAUCAUGAGAAUCGCAAUGAUUUGGAUCUUCAGAGUUAUCGUUGACACCUUCAGUUUCCUAACAUUCAUAUACUUUACAUCAAAGAAAAAGAUUGCUAAAGCUGCUUGCUUUGUCACCCUAAAUGGCUUCUUUAUUAUCAUAUUUAACAUCCUUAUUGGAACCUAUGACUACUGGAUUUAUGGGUACUUGGCCUUUAUUUAUUCAGGCUACCUCCUCAUUGCUUAUGAUAGAAAGAGAGUAGCAGAGAAAAAGAAUAGAGGACUUAUUAAAAUCAGGUUUAUGUCUUAUAUUGACCAGCAGCAUAAAGAAAUCAAGUACUCUGAUUUUAAGUUCAACCCAGAGAUGGAGAAUAAAGAACUUGAAGUAGCAGCCAAACAAGCUUCUCAUCACGAGAAAAGACUGGAGUUGUCAAGUCUCAGCAGAUCAGUUAGCGCAAAGAAUGUUGACUUUAGGGAGAACUAUUUCGAUGAUGCCCCUCCUGACAGAAGAACUAAGGUAAAGACCAAAGUUAUCAGUAAAGACCAAGAGGAAUGCUUACACCAAACAUAUCAGUCCUUAAUAAAGACAAGGAAGAGCUUGGCUAGUCCCCCAGAUUCUUAAUAUAAUUUGUGCACAAGGUCUUUCUCC